AUGCUACAAACAACCUCCUACUUUAUCAAAUCAUCAAUCCCAUUCUAUCACAAUGCCGUCAAGUCCCUUAUCUUCAAAUGUGCAGAAUUACUUAUGGGCAUUUUUGUUUAUAAGCUAUUCUCACUGAUUGCAGCCCGAUUAAACAAGUUUACAUCAUACCUCAUGCUUACAGAGGAUUACAUCCAACGCACACUCUAUAUUUCAUCCCGCGGUGUAUCAAGUGCAGGAUUAGUUGUACUAGGCUUCAGUCUUCUCAAUAUCCUGUUAUCACUAUAUGGUACACUUCUCUGGGCAUUAGAUGCUCCGGGGUAUAUAUCCAGAGUAUCCAAUGCAACAGCUAUCGACUACCAGGAUCAGAGAAAUGAGAAUCCGCCGUAUAUCAUUCAGCUCUCACUGAACUCGACUCAGCUUAACAGUACUGAACGGAAGCUUCCGCAGAUGAUAGGCUCAGACCUUUUUCUUCCCGAAUUGAACUAUACCUUAACUGGCCUAGUUACAAAUAGUCAUGGAAUGCCAGAGGUUAUCCCAUAUCCGCGAUCAAACUCCACUGGCGCCCGGAUUUGGCUCGAUACCGAAGGGUUUUCAGUUUCUCCUGAUAGUUAUGUUAUGUAUCCCGAGAAGCAAACCCUUGAUGGCCAUAACUAUACUUUUGAUAUCGCAUAUCUCGAUGGAUCAGCUGUUUGGAAUAGCACAUUUAGCAAUGUCUUUGCACUAGACUUUGUGAAAAUGGUUGCUGGAAAGCCAGAGGUUCAUUGGGAUGACGAAUCUGAUAAGAAGUUCGACUCGAGAUAUAUCGACCCCAAUAAAGAGGAUAACAUCUGGUUUUCUUUUGGCGCUGGCGGAGGUUCUGCGCUUCUGAAACAGGUUUUUACCGUCACCAAGGGGAGAAAACGCCAUACUUUUAUCGAUUCCACACUUAAAGUCACCAUGUUAACUACCCCUGGAGUUUUCUUCACCGACAGGGAGGUCACAGAUCUCGUGGGACGCGCCUGGAGCACUGAUGCACCAGACAAAAGUGCUCCACUUAUCGGUCAAAUUACUAAAAGUAUAAUAAAUGCUCAAAAUCAGGGCAUGAGCUAUCACUUUGGCGGGAAUAUGCUCCACAAUGGCAACAAAUCUGCUAUACAACAUCACUGGGGCUACUAUACUGUGGUAAAUAAUAAUGAGACUCUAUACUCUCUUAUUAGCAUUACUGACACCAAUAUCACCCUUAUUCGAUCUGAAACCAUCUCUAUGACGCCAGAGCCUUUUGAGUUCUGUGAGAGAACAAACUCUCAGAACGAAGCCUUUGGUGGAAGGCUUAUGCGUAUCGACUGCCCAGGCAAUAUAGAGAGUGCUAACCCGAAGUUCUUUGGCCAAGUCGACACUACAGCUAUACUAGUUGGUCAUGGGCUAGGCGAUAGUCGAUCUAAUAUCAGCUCAGAGUCACUUAAUAACGACGCCUUGAAAUGGUCUCGGAAUAACUCAGAAACCAUUGAGUCACUGUUGAUUGCGAGAGCUUAUACUGUCAGCAUUGAUCCUUCUCUCGUGCAAAUCACUGUGGAUAAACUCAUUGUGGCUAUAUCCUACCUUCAGCUCGCUCUUAGCUGUUUAGCUUUACUUAUGGCUAUAGUCUUAUGGCUAACUCAUUUCAUCCUUAUUGAUACUCACUGGGCCAGCUCUCCCUUGGCCAAUCUAAUUUAUACUACAUCAGAUAUGAGUAGUACUAAACCUAGAUACAUAGCUGGCGAUCCUCGAAUAACCUUACAGUCUGUGGGAAAGAAGAAGCUAUUGGCAGUGGAUGGAAAGAUAGUAACAUUGAAUAGCCUUGCAGAUACUCAAGUAGAACCUCUGGCUAGUCCAGCAGCAUAUAGGGAUAGUACGAAAGAUCAUACAAAUGUAGGAGGUUAUCCCAUAGAUUAA